AAAACAGUUCUCGUUGGACAGAAAAAACACACACAUGGAAAUGUGUUUAAAGCAGCUCAGAUGACAAAAGUUACAGACUACGAAGAGGUGAUAGUAUCUGUAUGAUGGGAUCAAAUUCAGCUAAAGCACGGGCUGUGCCCUGUCACAUAGAUGCUGAAGUGGAAGCAGGAAUAGAUCAAAGACUACCCUCAAGCGGAAAUAUACAAACUGGUGUAGGCACUCCAGGCCAAACAGCUUCUACAGCACAUGGAGCUGAAGGAAACGAACCUAGUAACUCUAUUGUCAACAGUGGGAGUGGAGUACCUGAACGUGACACAUCAUGUCAAGGGACAGUGAACCAAACCAAGCCAACAGAGCAAGAUGCACAGAACAGUAAAGUAUCGGCAAAAACUGACUUGACUAACAGUAAUCCUCAACGUUCACAGAGUGCCACGAACAUUACCAUCAAGACAGAGGAAGAAAAUGGUGGAGAGAAUGGAUCUAAAGAGGUGUCGGAAGAAAAGAUUCAGGCAAAAAUUGAAGAAGGCAAGCUUCUUGCGAAAGAAGUUGUUGAGAACUACACUUUUGAUACGCACAGAGAUAAUCCGGUGGUGAGGAAAAAUUUGCUUGAAUUGAAGAAAAUUUACUUCAGUUUCAGCCGUCUCUCUCCAGAAAAGGCUACCAAAAGCCGACGAGAACUGGGGACGUUUUUUGUCGACAGUGGUUUAGUACCUAUUCUCUGUGAGAUAGUUAGGGAUUACUUAACAACCGGCUGGCUGAAUGAUGAUGGCAAACAGGAUAUGAAAAUAUUUUACAGAUUGUAUAAUGCUUUUAUCAUCCUGUUCAACUAUUCUGACAGUACACCAGCCAUUCCAGAGGCUUGUUCAGCCGUUCCGGGUUUCUUUGAGUUCAUCAGAGAACAGCUGGUGACAUUCCACAAGAAACUAACAUCUGAUGAAACCUUUCCCAAGACUGAUGACACGAUGACUAGGAACCUGCUGGGUUUCACACACAACAGUAGUUCUGUGGACUCAGCCUACAAGAGACUGCGUGAACUGGACUACACCACCAUCCUGCUGCCCUACCUCACCGUGGAUGUGGACAGAUUCAAAAUGUCCUCCAUCCUAUCCCUGGCAAACUUGGUGGAUGAAGAGGAGAGUGCUCUGAUAAAUACCAGCGUGGAAGCCGUCAAAUUCUUGCUUGUCAGGCUGGGGAAAGCUCUGCAGGAUUCUGGGAGGAGAAAUAUGGGAUGGUCAGCUAAGGAAUUAGCACAUGGGGUUGCAAAAUUGGCAACAAACGACAACAACAAGAAAAUGCUGGUAAGGGAAGGUGCUCUCCCUUUGUUGUUGAAACUCUCAUAUGUUGAAAAUGAGGAAGAGCAGCAAGAAGCUGUUAAGGCAUUAUGGGCAUUGUCCUUUGAUGAUGAGAACAAGGAUUUAAUCAUACAGGAACCAGGGUUGAUUGACAGGUUGGUACAGCUGGAGAAGUCUCCUGGCGUGGAGGUGAGAAAAGCAGCACAGGGAGUUUUGUGGACUCUGCGAUACAAGCUAAGAGACAAACAAGAUUACCAUAAUAUUGGUGAGGAGUUGAUAGAAGUCCGCCCUGAUCAUUCUGUUGAGGAUUCAAGCGGAGGAAAGGAUGACGCAGAGGAUGUCCAGCACGUGAUGAUCAGUUACCAGUGGGAUUCGCAGGACGUCUUACUGAAGGUACGGGACCAGCUUAGGACACGAGGCUAUAAAACCUGGAUGGAUGUGGACUACAUGGGAGGCUCAACUCUGCAGGCAAUGGCGGAGGCAGUGGAGAAUUCCGCAGCUGUCCUCAUCUGUAUGUCACAGAGGUAUAAGGACAGUCCCAACUGUAGGGCAGAGGCAGAAUAUGCCUUUCAGCGGCGAGUACCCAUAAUUCCUCUGCUGAUGGAGGACAGCUACAGGCCAGACGGGUGGCUGGGCAUUUUACUUGGGUCCAAGCUCUUCUUUGAUUUCAGUGGGAAGUACAGUUUCGAAUCAAAACUGGAAAGUUUACAAAAAGAAUUAGGGCCAAAGGGCUUGACAGGAAAACAAGCGGUCAAAGGUGAAGGUCAAGCAGAGGUCAAAGGUCAAGGAAAACAAGAGGUCAAUAAACCUAGAGAUGAAGUGGACACAGGACCGGUAGCCGUCAUACCUCCUGUGCAGAGUGGUGUUGUUGCUGCAGCUCCCCCUAGAGGAUCUCUCAAAAGAAGGGAGGUAAUCAAAUGGGGAAAGAAGGAAGUUACAGCAUGGCUGAAGGAAAAAAGCAUAGAGAAGCCAUCGCUGACAUCUUUAUCUGGUGAAGAGUUAUUGUUCCUGAAGGAGCUCAGAAGGGAGGCUCCGGAGACUUUUUACAGCCUGCUGAGGAAAAACCUGGAUCUAACUUCAAUCCAAGACAUGAUGAAAUUUGUCAGAGCUUUGAUGGAUCUGUAGACCAGGCUAUCUCUCCUGUAGUGGGUGACUCAAUCAAAGAAAUGCAGAUGUCAGUUUUGCUGUUUGGUUUCAUUGUUAUUGCUACGGGGAAUUUUACCUUUCCCUUUUGUAAAUGUGUCAGCCACUGGUGGUGUGACCAUGUGGCUCUGAAGAAGAUGGAGAUGGGGAGAUUUAACCGCGAAAAUGUGUUAUGCAAUGUUUGGUAACAUUGGUGUGAUGCAGUUGUUGUUACAUGUACAUUCAUGUAUAUAAAUCAUAUACAGACAAGCUCAGGUAUAUGAAACAUUCAUGUAUAUAAAUCCUACAAAAUCAUAUACAGACAAGCUCAGGUAUAUGAAACAUUCAUGUAUAUU